AGAUCCACGCUCGAGCGUAGUACGCGCGCGGAGGACUGCACGAGAAAUCACGUUUAUUGUCGGCUGCGGACAGAACCGUUCACCUCACCGUUAACAGUUAUUGGCGAGGCUCCACGGCCGUAGGCUACUACUCUGUGUAGGUCCAGUAAGUUAGGCUUCGAAUUUAACCAAAUACUGUUUUUAAUUUCGGACUCUCCAUCUAUUUUGAACCUUUUGAACUUCGCUACCUUCAGCACCUCCAAUCAAACUCGCAAGUCUCUUCAUUCAUCGCAUCAAGGAGUCCACAAUACCCCCUCCAGGACAAGAAGUUUAUGGAAACAAGAUGGAAGGAUUCCACGCCUCUCUGACCGAGUAGAGCCCUCUCCGGCGUGUUUUGGCCCUCCGUCUUCGCCUCUGUCAAUCCCAAAGGCUAGCAGGAUGGACGAGCAACGUUGCACCCUCCCUCCCCCCCUCAAAACGGAGGAGGACUACAUACCAUACCCCAGUGUCCAUGAGGUCCUGGGUCGUACGAGCCCCUUCCCCCUUAUCCUGCUGCCCCAGUUUGGGGGCUACUGGAUCGAGGGGACCAAUCACGAGCCCCGGAUCCCCCCGGACACAGAGCAGCCCCUGCCUGCCACCCCCACCGGGGCGGGUGGCGCCGGGGCAGGGGGGUCCAACAUCAAGCUGGAGACCAACAGCCUGGCUAAGACCUACAGGAAACAGUUCAUGGGCAAGGAACACUUUAACUACUACACCAUGGACGCCGUCCUGGGACAGCUGGUGUUCUCCCUGAAGUAUGACGUCAUCGGGGACCAGGAGCACCUGAGGCUGAUGCUCAGGACCAAGUUCAAAACCCACCACGACGUCAUCCCUAUCUCCUGCCUGACCGAGUUCCCCAACGUGGUUCAGAUGGCCAAGCUUGUUUGUGAGGAGGUGAAUGUGGAUCGAUUCUACCCGGUUCUGUACCCGAAGGCCUCCAGACUCAUCGUCACGUUUGACGAGCACGUUAUCAGCAACAACUUCAAGUUCGGCGUGGUCUAUCAGAAGUUCAGCCAGACCACCGAAGAAGAACUGUUUGGGAACAUGGAUGAAAGUCCUGCCUUUGUGGAGUUCCUGGAGUUUCUGGGCCAGAAGAUUGAGCUCCAUGAUUUCAAAGGGUUCCGUGGUGGUCUGGACGUCACCCACGGGCAGACAGGGACCGAGUCGUAUUACACUAACUUCCACAACAAGGAGAUCAUGUUCCAUGUUUCCACCAAGCUGCCCUACACAGAGGGAGACUCACAACAGUUGCAGAGGAAGAGGCACAUAGGAAAUGAUAUUGUGGCGGUGGUGUUCCAGGAGGAGAACACGCCCUUUGUCCCGGACAUGAUAGCCUCCAACUUCCUGCACGCCUACGUGGUGGUGCAGGUGGAAAACGCCUGCAGCCAAGAUGUCACCUAUAAGGUGUCGGUGACGGCCCGAGAUGACGUACCGUUCUUUGGACCCGCCCUGCCCGACCCGGCCAUCUUCAAAAAGGGCCCGGAGUUCCAUGAGUUCCUCUUCACCAAGCUCAUUAAUGCGGAGUAUGCGUGCUACAAGGCGGAGAAGUUUGCCAAGCUCGAGGAGCGGACACGCUCGGCCCUGCUGGAGACCCUGUACGAGGAGCUGCACCUGAACACCCAGGCCAUGAUGGGACUGGGGGGCGACGACGAGAAGCUGGAGAACGGGGCCGCAGUGGGGGGAGGGGGGGGCUUCUUCGAGUCCUUUAAGCGGGUGAUUCGCAGCAGGAGCCAGUCUAUGGACGCCAUGGGGCUCACUAGCAAGCGGUCACACACUGUCUCCACUAGUCACAGCGGCAGCUUUACCCACAAUCCCGCUGAGAGCCCCAAAGCCCCAGGGAUAUCAUUGCUUGUCCCCGGCAAAAGCCCCGGUAGAUACGGACGUCGCGGCAGUGCCAUAGGGAUAGGCACCAUAGAAGAGUCCCUGAUCAUUCCAGGGAAGAGCCCCACCAGGAAGAAGUCGGGACCCUUCAGCUCGCGCCGCAGCAGUGCCAUCGGCAUCGAGAACAUCCAGGAGGUGCAGGAGAGGAGUCGGGACGUUUCCCCCAACACACAGAGGACUCCAGAUGGUAGCCAUAUGUUCCAGGACGCCAAAGAAUUCUCCUCCAAUCACAGCUCUCCAGAGACAACCACAGCCAGGAACAGCUCUGCUCUGUGCUGCAGGGCUCCUUCCAUCCCGGAGGCCCAGGACAUGUCCCGCUCCUCCUCCAACGCCAGCAGCUUCGCCAGCGUGGUGGAGGAACACGACGGAGAACCAGAGGUCGGGGACGACUACGACACGGGACUGGAGAGCCUGUCCUCGGCUGGGACGCCCCACAAGAGGGACUCCUUCAUGUACAGCUCCUGGACCGAGGACGGCUUCUGCAGCCCCGGCCCGGGGGGAGGGUCACCAGGGUCCGUGCGGCCCGAUCUCGCCAAGGAGGCGGAGCCAAAAGGGACAGAAGCCCAGGCCAAGACGGAGCACCCCCCCGGCCAGGAACCCAAGACCCCAUCGAAGAGGCCCGCCCUGCAGGACACGAGGCGUUGCCACGUCAACUCCACCACCGACCCGGAGGACGACCAGAGUUAGAAGACCGCCCCCCGCUGGAUCCAAGAGACCGACAGAUAUAUAUUUCUUUCUCUCCCCCUCUCCCUCCCUCCCACCCUCCCUAUCUCCCCCUCCUUCCUCAGCCCUGUGGGUAUCUGCAGUCUCUCACGACAUGCCAGGCAGAUCCGUAGACAUGUUUGUACCUGCCGGUCCGCGUCGCUGCCCCCUACAGGCCGGACCCAGAAGUGCACCUCCAGGGGAAAUACUUUAUUAACCACAGACAGGACAAUGGGGAUAGCACCUAUCCGCCAUCCAACCUCCUGUUUGAUGGCUGUCAGUUGAGACUGGCCGCUAUGGCCCCAUGGUCCUAUGGCCCCGUGGUCCUACGGCCCCAUGGCCCUGGGUCCUCUUGUUCUUGUUCUGAGAGGAGCGACGUACUACUGUGUCAAACAUGGCCCCAUCAGGGUGGGACCAGCCGCCAUCUCGACCCAGCGCACCUCACCCUGUCUGAUGGGGGAGGCGCUCCCUCACAUGGGGAAACCCCCCCGCCCGAACCCCCCCCCCCCCCCCCCCCCCCCCCCCCCACCCCCCCUUCCCCAUGCGUUCUCUUUGUUAGACACUUGUCGGGUUCUGUCUUGUCUCCAACAGACAGGGCUCAACAGACAAGAGAGAGAUGUUUGAGACGAAAGAGAGGCUGGGGUGUGGGACGGGUUUCAAAUGAGAGGUCAGGGGUUGUAGAAUUAAAAAUACAGAGAGAAAGAAGUGUUUUUUUUUUUAAAUUGAUCAUUUCCUGUCGUGGUCGCGUCCGCUGGUCCGUCUGUGUUGCUGUCGGCACGAGGGCCAGACCGAGGCCGGCCUGAAUUCAUGACUCAUUGGGUUUCCUUGUCUUCUAAUUGUUCCGGUUGAAGCUUCUCUUCAAAACCCUUAGUGGCUGUUCCAUGUGGUGGAAGGGAUCUUUGUACGGCUAUUAGUGGACUUGUUGUUAUUUGUCAUCCUUCUACUGAGAAAAAAAACAAACAAACACUGUUUUAGAACUGAGUCUGACGUUUCUAGUUGGUCUAAAAACAAACCUACAUUUUCUCUUGAUUUCCAAUAAGUCUGCCACUCAAUGACUUUGAUUAUGUGCGUGUACAGUUAAGCAUCGUGACUUUGGUUUUGUAUAAUUAACUGGUAUUCUGUCGAGUCUGUGUCGAGAGACACAAUGUAACAUAAGUGUGUGUGUGUGUGUUUGUGAGUGUGUGUGUGACGCUGACCUCUGUUUCAGACUCCAUUCGCUCCGUGAGAUACUGUUGCAAUUUGUUAUUUUAUAACUUAUUUAAAAGCGCUCUCGGUCACCAACCAACGUGACGGAGCUUCUAAGAGAAAAGCCUUGUGGUGCAUGGGGUAAAUCUGCUUGCCAAAAGUUUUUAAAUAAAUGUACGUUGCAAAAGAAGGGAACAGCACACUAAUGCCAUGCCUGACCUAUGGUUGUGUUGGGAAACUUGAGUUUUGUGGGUGGGGGGGAGACUCAACUGAAGGAAGAUGAACGAGAAUUAACGUACUAGUUCGCUUGUUUGUUUUAACCAGUACCUAUGUUUCAGGAAGCACUAACUUUCAGAAGGCAUAUUGUAUGAACAGUUUAACCUGACCUGGUUCGCUACACAUGAAGUGACACUGACCCCCUUGGUGAAGCGGCCUUUAUUGUGAUUGUGUAACAGAGGCUGCUAGGGGGGAGACAGGGGUCGUGACCCCUUCGUUGCGGAUCACCUGAUGGCCUGAAUGUAAAGGUGCAGAGGUAUGCAGUGACGUAUGCAUAUCUUCUUGUUCUUUGAGCGGCGAUACUGUGUAACCCUGGGCCACGGUUAUUGUACUUAAAUGUACGCUCUCAAACUUUUUCAUUUCCUUACAAUUAUCAAGCCGGAUCGGGCGGCAGCACUUUGAGAAGAAAUAUGUUUCUGUGAAAUGACUGAAAUAAAUAUGAAAUGUUCUUCAUAUGCAGCCGAUGAAGUUUAAAGUGUGAAUAAUUGGUUUCGGGAAAGGAAUCACUGAGGUCUACAAGCAAAUAAUAUUGAGGUGUCUAAAUAUUGUGAACUGCCCAGGAUUCCUGUACAAUUGAGGCAAACAUUCAAUAUGUGUUAUUGCAGGCAUUUCCACCGUGGUUGCUAUUGUUUUAACCUCAACACUAUUUUCCGAUUGGCUUUCUGAGAUGCUUGAGUAGAUGCCAUACGCUCUCUUGUGGUUCAAUGUUGUUACUACACGUCAAAAGUUAAUUCCUCUCACUGUGCUUGUAUAUUUCCAGAUGGGGUGUCCGUUUGCUGUGAUUGAGAUGAUUGUAUUUAUAUUUCUUUCAACCGUCCGCUUAAGCCCAUGUUUGUAAAUACUGCUUUCAAGCCUUUUUGUAAAUAAGAGCAAAAAUCUUUAAUAAAAAUGGAGAAACAUGUUGAA